UCGUGGGGGGGAGGGCCGCCGUGGCGUCGGCCCCGGGCCUAACCGGAGGUGGGGGCUUGGAGGCCAAGGCUUCCGAAGCCGUGGGCAAACGUCCGUGUGGCCUGGUCCUGGCCAUGUCCCCGUGAGGACGCCGCUGUCGCCGCCCGCGUCCCAUCCCGGCCCGUCGCGCACCAUGGGCUCCAUCCUGAGCCGCCGCAUCGCGGGCGUGGAGGACAUCGACAUUCAGGCGAACUCGGCCUAUCGCUACCCCCCGAAGUCCGGAAACUACUUUGCUUCACACUUUUUCAUGGGAGGCGAGAAAUUCGACACCCCCCACCCUGAAGGUUACCUCUUUGGUGAGAACAUGGAUCUGAACUUCCUGGGCAAUCGCCCGGUCCAGUUUCCUUACGUCACUCCUGCCCCCCAUGAACCUGUAAAGACACUGAGGAGCCUGGUGAACAUCCGAAAAGAUUCGCUGCGGCUUGUGAGGUACAAAGAUGGUGCUGACAGCCCCACUGAGGACAGCGAGAAGCCCCGCGUCCUCUACAGCCUGGAGUUCACCUUUGAUGCCGAUGCCCGGGUGGCCAUCACCGUCUACUGCCAGGCAGUGGAGGAGUUCCUGAACGGCAUGGCUGUGUACAGCCCCAAGAGCCCCGCCCUGCAGUCUGAGACGGUCCACUAUAAGCGGGGGGUGAGCCAGCAUUUCUCCCUGCCCUCCUUCAAGAUCGACUUCUCAGAGUGGAAGGACGAUGAGUUGAACUUUGACCUGGACCGAGGGGUGUUUCCAGUGGUCAUCCAGGCCAUGGUGGACGAAGGAGACGUUGUGGAGGUCACUGGCCACGCCCAUGUGCUCUUGGCUGCCUUUGAAAAGCAUGUCGAUGGCAGCUUCUCUGUGAAGCCGUUAAAGCAGAAGCAGAUCGUGGACCGGGUCAGCUACUUGCUGCAGGAGAUCUACGGCAUCGAAAACAAGAACAACCAGGAGACGAAGCCCUCGGACGAGGAGAACAGUGAUAACAGCAAUGAGUGUGUGGUAUGCCUGUCGGACCUGCGGGACACGCUGAUCCUGCCCUGCCGCCACCUGUGCCUGUGCAACUCCUGCGCCGACACACUGCGCUACCAGGCCAGCAACUGUCCCAUCUGCCGGCUGCCUUUCCGGGCUCUUCUGCAGAUUCGGGCGGUGAGGAAGAAGCCAGGAGCCUUGUCCCCUGUCUCCUUCAGCCCCGUUCUGGCCCAGAGCAUGGAUCAUGAUGAACACUCUUGUCCCUUUAAAAAAUCAAAGUCGCACCCCGCCUCACUGGCCAGCAAGAAACCUAAAAGGGAAACUAGCUCUGACAGCAUCCCACCUGGCUACGAGCCCAUCUCCCUGCUCGAGGCCCUCAACGGCCUUCGAGCCAUCUCCCCGGCCAUCCCCUCGGCCCCCCUUUAUGAAGAGAUCACCUACUCCGGCAUCUCCGACGGCCUAUCGCAGGCCAGCUGUCCACUUGCUGGGCUCGAUCGAAUCAUGGAAAGCAGCCACCAGAAGGGCACUCCUCGGAGCAAAUCCCCUGACAGCACCCUGCGGUCCCCGUCAUCCCCCAUCCACGAAGAGGAUGAGGAGAAGGUCUCCCAAGACUCGGAAGCUCCGCCCCUGCCAAGCGGAGCCGGGCUGGUGCUGAGCAGCUCCCCAGAGAGUUUCCUCACAGAGGAGGUUGACGAGACGUCGUCACUCAAGCAAGGAAGCAGAGUGCCCUCCAUCGAGAAUGUCCUGCAGGAUGGCAGCCCUGAGCCCUGCGGCUGCAGCCACCCUGGCCCACCUGCCGACAUCUACCUGCCAGGCCGGGGGCCCGACUCCUGCUCUGUUGGUAUAGAGGAGUAAGCUGGAUGGUCCACCUCCAUGGAGACGCCCCGCAGCCUCCUCACCACUGGUCCCACCUGGCCUCCACUUGGUGGCCCCAGUCCCAGCCCCAGGGUUACCGAGCUGACCCCACUCUGAGAGCCUGGCCAACCCGGCAGCACGGAGCCCACAGCUCCUCAGACUUUGCCAAGGGGCCACCCGGACUCCAAGCCCUCCUGUCUGCACGCCCUUCGUAGCCACUACUCCAAGGGGCUGUGCGACCCUUGACAGAAGAGCACAGUGGACUGUCCCCUCUGACACAUCCCUUUUUCUAUGGUCGCUGUAUUUGUAAAUGGUACAAGAUGAAGGACAGCUCCUUUCUGUUCUGGGCACUGAGCUCUGGGGUUUCCCCAAAUGCCUUGUUGGCUGAGCAGCCCAAGCUGGGGGCUGGCCACCCACCCACGUGUGCCCGGAUUGGCCUCGCCCAGCACCCCAGCCAGCCGGAGGUUGACACCCUAGAACUCAGAAAACUGGUAGGAGAAGAUUUAUUGGUGGGUGAAGUGCUGUCUCCACCCAAGGUGUUAUUGGGGGGCUGUCGGGGGAGGAAAGGCAGCGGGGUCGGAGUCAGGUCGAUGAAGGAAAGAAACAGUGCCUCUCCCCACCCCCAUGUGCGUGGCCUGGCUGGCGCUGCUGCUUUGUGCCCUCGGUUGCUUCCCCGGCCCUGCUCAAGCUCUUUGGUGCAGGGCCACCUCCCACAGCUCGCAGCCCUUCCCCAUGGCCCUGCCCUCUGGGCAGCCGUGGCGUCCACACGUGAGGCCAGGGGCUAGGUCUGCGUCUGCCCCAGGGAGCAGGUGCACAGCUGUUGGCAGUGGUUGGCCUGCUGGCCCCUCUCCAAGCUCUGCAUCUUCUCAGAGAUGGCUUUGCCCACGUUCUCAGACUCCCAUCAGGCGGAGAGGCUUCCGCCUGGCCAGCGGCGUUGCCGUCCACCUGACCCGGGAGGGGCCUGAAUGACUUCUCUGCUCCCUCUUUUCCAUUUUAAACAUCACUUUGUGUUUCUGUUUGAUUUUUUCUGUCUGGGACUCGUGGUGGGACCUGCCUUGGGGAGGAGGGUCCCAUCUGAGGUGACCUCAUCUUUUUUAUGGGACCAAACUUCCUGGGGAACAGAAAGACAGAUGGGGUGCAAGCCCUUGUGUAGCUGGGCAUGAGCUGCUCCUAGCAGGGACCUUGGCCUGGUGGGUAGGGGUGUGUGGCUCCCUGUGGGGCCACCACUUUGGGGCCCGGGGUUGGAGGUAUGCAGAGGUACGCCUUGUGACCAUCUGCCCUGGGAAGGAUGGUUCUGGGGUGGCCCGCAGCCAUCCCCAGAGCAUCUGCAUAGCCAGGGGCUUCGUCCAGUGGGGUCCUCAGUCUCCCUCCGGUUGGGCCUAUCAGCAGAGUGCUUCCUUUGUACAACUGUCAGGCCACCUGCCCCGGCUGCGUGCAUCCCCGCCUCCCCUCCCCUACUGCCCGUGUGCUCCUGGGUGCACACGUGCCACUGCAUGCUCACACACAGGCUGGCCGUCUCCCUCCCCUCGCUCUCGUCACCUGCCAGCGCCCUGGCCUCUCGCCAUUGGUCUUGGUGCCGGUAUUCUGAAGAUUCUGAAGGACAGGAUUGCAGACUGCUCUGGCUUGGACUUACAUGUGCUAUCAUUUGAUGUAUUCUGAUUGGCCGGUUUUUGUUCAUUUUUACUGUAUAUUUAUAGUAAUAAAAUCAUGCAGCAAUA